CCACUAAUAUCCGUUAAAGCUGAGCUGGCCGUCGGGCUGUUCAGAUUUUUGCUCCUGUCGACGACUUUCUGUGAGUGUGAGCCAGCAGCCGCUUGAACCAGGAAGAUUUACAAACAUUAGCGGAGAAAACUCCUCAACGAGUCCCCAGUUUGAAUCUCAAAUCAGUCGGGUUUAACUUUUUGACGAAAAGGGAAGUUUGACCAAUCGACGCCAUGGACCCCGCCAGUCAAGAUAUCAACCUGAACUCUCCCAACAAAGGUCUCGGUGUGGACCCUUCAGACAGCCUGUCGGACGUGCCGGUGGAGGGAGCAGUGGGGAACUCGGUCAACCCUCUCCCACCCGGUCUGACAGAGGAAGAGGCAGAGGAGCUGAGCGUCGAGCUCACUAAGGUGGAGGAGGAGAUCAACACCCUGCGUCAGGUUCUUUCAGCCAAAGAGAGACACGCCACAGAGCUGAAGAGGAAACUCGGCCUCAGCCCGCUCAAUGAACUCAAGCAGAACAUCAGCAAGAGCUGGCAGGACGUCCAGACCUCCAACGCCUAUGUGAGAACCUCUGAGAAACUGGGCGAGUGGAAUGAGAGAGUUACCCGUUCCGAUCUAUAUGUGUCUGCCUCAGCCACUUUGGAUGACAUUACCCGCUCU